UUUUUUUUUCAUAUUUUGCUCUGUAUCUACACCAUUCUUCACCAAGGAAGCCUUAAUUUGUAAACAUGGCUGCUUCUUCUUCUUCGUCUUCUUCUUCGACAAUCUCUCCUCAGCAAAAGCAUGAGAUUCAAGAAAAAUAUGAUGUGUUUCUCAGUUUCAGAGGUGAAGACACCCGCUAUAAAUUUGUUAGCCAUCUUUAUGCUGCUUUAUCUGCAAAGUAUAUCUCAACUUUCAAGGAUGAUCAUGAACUUCAGGUUGGUGAUGAAAUUUCACCCACACUUAGCCAAGCUAUUCAGAAUUCGAAAAUCGGGGUUAUCAUUUUCUCGAAAGAGUAUGCUUCAUCUACGUGGUGUUUGAAUGAACUGGUGGAAAUUCUUGAAUGCAAGAAAAGAAAUAAGAUGGGUGUUGUCGUUCCAAUUUUUUAUGAGAUAAAUCCAUCGGAUGUACGAAAACAGAAGGGGAGUUAUGAAGUUGCAUUUGCUAAACUUGAAGAACGUUUCAAAGACAGAAUGGAGAAGGUGCAUCAAUGGAGGGCUGCAUUGACAGAAGCGUCUAAUCUAACUGGAUUGAAUUCGACGAGAUCCAGGGAGGAGUGUGAGUUAGUUGAAGAAAUCGUCGAAAAUAUUUUAAAAAUAUUGCUACAAUAUCAACCAUCAGUCGAGCAAUAUUCCAAGAGACUCAUUGGAAUUAAAGAAAAUAUAAGGGAAAUUGAAAGAGACUUAUCCAUUGCCCCAAAAAAUGUUCGAAUUGUAGGUAUUUGGGGCAUGGCAGGUAUUGGUAAGACUACCCUUGCAAGAGUUGUGUUUGAUAAAAUAUCAAAUUCUCAAUCAUUCGAAGGUUGCUGUUUCCUUGAAGAUGUUAAAGAAAAUUAUAAAGUACCGGUCAAUUUGAAUCGUCUGAGAAAGGAAGUUAUAUCUUGUUUAUUGAAUGAUAAAAUUAUUCAAGAGAUGCAUGUAGCUUUACCUCCUAUUAUUUUUCAGAGACUUCGACGUAAAAAGGUACUUAUUGUUUUGGAUGAUGUGGAUAGCUCAGACCACAUAAAAGCUUUUGUUGAAGAAGGAUGUUGUGAGCUUGCUCCUGGAAGCAGAAUCAUUGUUACAACUAGAGAUGAGCAAGUGCUUAAGACAGUAGCUGAUAGUAUUCACAAGGUUAAGAGGCUAAAUGACAUUGAAUCUCUUGAUCUCUUCCGUUUGCAUGCUUUUCGUGAAAACUCUCCAACAAUUGAUGAUGAAAUGGUGUUAGAGGUAAUAAGAUAUGCUGAUGGCAACCCACUAGCUCUUAAGGUCUUGGGCUCUUCCCUUUACAGUACACCUAAAGAUGAAUGGGAAAGUGCAUUGAAGAAGCUGAAAAGGAAUCAAAAUCUGGGAAUUAAAAAAGUGUUGAAAAUCAGCUACGACGGGCUAGAUGAUGGGAGCAAGGAUAUAUUUCUUGACAUUGCUUUCUUAUUUAAUUCAUCUUUUACGAGAGACCAUGCAGAAAGAAUAUUAGGUGACGGUAAUUCCCCUGUGAAAAUAGAAAUACGUAUUCUCAUUCAGAAGUGUUUAAUUGAAAAUAGUGAAGGUAACAAGCUAAAGAUGCAUGAUUUGCUGCGCCAAAUGGGUCGGGAAAUUGUACGUGAUGAAGAUAAAAAAGAACCUGGUAAUCGCAGUAGGUUGUGCGAUGCUGUGGAAGUUUGUGAUGUAUUGGAAAAUUGUACAGGAACCGGAGCGGUGGAACUCAUAUCAUUGGACAUGUUUGAAACUAAAAAAAAUGUGACGAUGCAUCAUCGAGCCUUCUCAAAUAUGCGCAACCUACGAAUUCUCAAAGUUUAUUAUGGGUAUGAUGAUAUUGCCAGAAAUGAGUGGAUCCGCUUUGAUUAUAACAAUAUUGGUAGCCACAAGUUCAAACUGUUCAUUCCUCAAGCUCUUCACUCUCAUCUUUCUAUUAAGUUAAGGUUUUUACAAUGGGACUUAUACCUUUCGAAAUCGUUGCCAUCAAAAUUUAUCCCAGAGAACCUUGUUGAACUUGUACUUCGUGGCAGCCCUGUUGAAAAGCUUUGGAAUAGUCGUAAAGCUGUGUCUCUUCCAGAGUUAAGGAGAUUUAAUCUCAGUGAUUCCAAGUUCCUUACUCAACUACCAGAUUUGACACAUGCUCCAAAUCUGGAAAGGAUAAAUCUUGCAGGUUGUACAAGCUUGGUUCAGGUUCAUUCAUCUCUGCAAAAUCUAAACAAGCUUACUUAUCUAAAUUUUAAUGGCUGCUCCAAACUCAGAGAUGUUGAAGAGAUAUUCAAGAGAACAGAGGGAUUAUCUGAAAGUUGGAUCCAAAAUUUUAAAAGAAAUUUACGUCUCUACUCCUCUCAGGCUCACAUUUCCCAAAAGUUUGCACCCAAUUUAAGAUAUUUAGGUUUGCGUAAGACAGCAAUAGAAAAAGUGCCGCCGUCAAUUGGGUGUCUGUCGGGUAUUGUUCAAUUACAUUUGGAGCUUUGUAAAAGACUUAAAAGUCUUCCAACAAGCAUUUGCCAUUUGAAAGCUCUUAAAUCAUUAAGUCUGCUUGGUUGUGAGAAACUGAAAAGGUUUCCAGAAAUCUUGGAUCCUAUGGAACACUUAACAGAACUUGUGUUAACUAGAACAGGAAUUAAAGAGUUGCCAGAGUCGAUUGAAAAGCUAGUAUCCCUUAGAGAUUUAUUUAUGGAUGAAUGCAAGGACCUUGAGUUCCUCCCCAACAGUCUAUGUAAAUUAAGGAACCUUGAGAGGAUAUGGCUCGGCUACUGUUCAAAAUUUCAAAAAUUGCCUUCCCUUCCACCAUCGUUGAUCGUCUUGUGUGUGGAUGAUUGUCAGAGAUUGAAAUCUUUGCCAGAGGUUCCAUCUCAAUGUUUGAGUUUGUCUGCAAUUAACUGCACAUCACUGGAAAACAUUUCAAAUUGGAGGAGUACUCCAUUAUUACUCGAUCUGGAUAUCUUUGAAAAAUUUAACCUUCUAAUCUUUAAUCAUAUUGACUUUUACGGUUGUGAAAAAUUGGAUCAGAACACACGCAACAUGCUUUCUGAUCAGGCAGUAAUUCAUAUUCUGUCUCGUUUGAAAUUUGGAUUAAAUGCUUUAGGUGCUCAUUCUUUUCGCUAUCCAGGAGGUGAAAUUCCAGAGUGGUUCAACCAUCAAACUUGUGAGACUUCAAUCAAUAAUAUUAUGCUUCCUCCAUACUGGAACAAUGACGACUUCUUGGGUUUCGCUUUCUGCAGUGUUCUUCGUCAGAAUAUAAUCAACCCUAGUAUAUAUCUUGAUAUUGAUUGCAAAUUCAAUUCCGAAACCAUCGAUGAUAAUCGUCUGUAUGAAUAUCAUUUUUGCACGAAUGUUGUCAAUAGGGAGGUCAGUUCAGAUCAUGUGCUCAUGUGGUAUGUACGAAAACCGACUUUGCAGGAAGAAAUGGCUGGACUAAAUUGGCCCUCUACUUGUAGCACUGAGGCCUUUUUCCAUAUCCGGCAUAAAUAUAGUUAUUUGAGUGAGUAUGGAAAUGAGUCUGACGAGAUUAAGAAGUUUGGGGUUCGGUUUCUAUACAAACAAGACAUCGAGAGAUUAGAUGCAAAAACUGAAUGAAAGAAUAAGAGACGCUUCAAUGAAUGUUGUGAAUCAAAUUGAAGUGAAGCUGUUGAUUCUCUUGAGGAAGAAGACGAUGAUGAAGCACAUUCUAAGAAACUCAACGUUAUGGGACUGUUUAUAAGUUAAUGUGAAGAUUAUCAAGCCAGUUAACUGUUAUUUGAAGUUGUUGGCUAUGACCUAUGAGGAAGAAGAAAAUCCUUGGACUAAUUCGAAAACAAUCAAGCAUAAUUUUGAUCGCUUAGCAAUCUCUCCUGAAGAAAAGCAUGAGAUUCAGAAAAGUUCGAUGUGUUUCUGAGUUUCAGAAGUGAAGACACCCGCAAUCAAUUUGCUAGCUAUCUUUAUGCUGCUUUAUCUGCAAAGCAUAUCUCAACUUUCAUGGAUGAUCAUCAACUUGAGAGAGGCGAUGAAAUUUCUUCCACACUCCAACAAACAAUCGAGGAAUCUAAGAUUUGGGUAAUAAUAUUCUCAGAAAAACUUUGCUUCAUCCGCAUGGUGUUUGAAUGAUCUUGUGCAUAUUCUUGAAUGCAAGAAAAGAAAUGAGAUGGGUACUUUUAUGCCAAUCUUUUAUCGUAUAGAACCAUGUGUUGUGCGAAAACAAGAGGGCGGUUAUGGUGUUGCAUUGGCUACACUUGAAGAACGUUUCGAGAACAAGGACGGAAUGGAAAAGGUAAGAAAAUGGAGGGCUGCUUUAAUAGAAGCAUCAAAUCUAUGUGGCUUGUAUUCAGAGCAUUUCAGGUCAUGAUCUCUCUCUCUCUCUAUAUAUAUAUAUAUAUAUUUCCUGAUAAAUUCCAUCUUAAAUUAAUAAAAGGCGAUGAAAGCACAAUGAAAUAAAAGAAUAUAAUAAUAAGAAUAAUAAUUAAAACUGGCCAAAAUAACACUAUUUUCAUACUUUAAUUGGUAAGACGAAGCAAACAAAAAUCGAGUAUGCCUGACUCUUUAUCAAAACGCCUGUCGUACUUAUCUAUAACUGAUUUAUUUCAAUUUUUUAUAGUGCCGAGGUCAAGUUAGUUCAAAGGAUUGUUGAAGAUAUUUCAUGGAAAUUGCCAAAAUAUCUCUCAAAUGAGCAUUGUCAUGAGCACGUCAUUUAAUUGGAGACAAAGUUAAAGAAAUUGAAUCAUUAUUAUCCGUUGACACAGCAGAUGAAAGAAUUGUAGGUAUUUGGGGCAUGGGAGGUAUUGGCAUGACCACCAUUGCUAGUGUUGUAUAUCAAAGAUUAUCAUAUUCUCAUUUUGAGGGGUAGUUGCUUUAUUAAGAAUGUAAGGGAAGGAUAUAGGAAUGGUCAUUUGAGAAAAAGAGGAUUGGGAUCAAUUCUAUAUUAUUAUGCCUAGGAAACCCAAACUCAAUUUUUUAUGUUACUGCUUUUACAGAAAAUUUGAUGGUGAAACCAGUUAGUUUGAAGUUGUUGGUGAAGUUGUUGCCUCCAACCACUCUGAGGAGGAAGAAAAUCCCAAGACUAAUCCAAAGAAAUAUCACUCAAACAUAUAUAUUCUGUGAUUGCUUAGGCUCAGGCUAUGAGGAAACUAUGUGAGCUAUGCAGCAUGCAUGACAACCCGUAGCUUCGAAUGAAUGAUGUGGUAUUCUCUCUUUCUCUUGUCUUUUUCCUGAUCUUGGUAUGGGAAUACCCUGUUUGGGUCAUAUCAAAGAUUCGCUGUGCUUAUUAAUAUCAUCAGCAUCAACAAACACCCAUGAAUGACAUGUGGGUCAACUUGGAGCUGUUUUCUCUUCUAAGUUUGUUCCUUCAAGAGGUUUUCAUCAAAUGUCAUUCUACAUGAGCAGUACUAUUAUUGAGUUAAUACAUUAACAGCACUGUAACAUGAAGCUUAACGUUGGGAGCCUUAGAUUUUUCUUCCUUAAAUAUGCACAGCUUUUCACUUUGACUGCUUUUGUUAAUGAUUGUGAAGUUACUGGAUUUUUAUAUUUAGUGAGCAAGCUUUAUGGGUUAAUAGUCAAGCUUUUGUUAUGUGUCAAAUUAGAAGUUUAAUAUACUCCAUAGCACUGGCAGUAGUGGUGCAGUGUUUAAGACUAUGUAUCCCUGAAGAAGUUAAGCUGUAUUUAUUCCAAUAUCAUUUUUUUACUAA